AUGGGCUCAAGUAGAGACACGUCGACGAUGCCACUCGCCGCGUAUCUCUGGCAGAGAAUCCGCCAGCUCGGCGUGCAGAGCAUCAUGGGUGUGCCUGGGGACAUGAACCUCGAGCUACUCGAUUACAUUGAUCAAGUCGAAGGCCUGUCAUGGGUCGGCAACGCCAACGAGCUGAACGCCGCCUACGCCGCGGACGGAUAUAGCAGGGUCAAAGGGUGUCCUGGCGUUUUGGUCACGACCAUGGGCGUCGGCGAGCUCAGCGCGAUCAACGGGGUGGCGGGCGCAUUCACGGAGCACGUCAAGGUCAUCCAUAUUGUUGGCACGACGGGGACGAGGGCGCAGAAGGCACGAGCGAUGAUCCAUCACUGUUUGGGGCCGGAUCCGGAUCACCGGGUCUACGCGAAGAUCUCCGAGUCUGUCCGCGCAGCGCAUUGCUGGCUUGAUGAUGCUGAAUCUGCGCCUGGGGAGGUCGACCGAGUUCUCCGCGAAUGCUACAUCCACAGCCUUCCCGUGUACAUCUUCGUCCCUAUGGACUUCGUCCACGUCCCCAUCCCCGCCUCCCUGCUUGACCAGCCGGUCGAUCUGAACCCCAGGACGGACAACGAGGCAUGUAUCUCUGCGAUUCAUGCCGUGAUCUCGAAACUCUCAACCUGCUCGGCACCCCGCAUCAUCGUCGAUGCGCUGGUGCAUCGACUCCGCGCCGCAGAUGCCAUGAACCGCCUUCUGGACCUGCUCGCCCUCCCGACCUUCACCACCCCAAUGGGCAAGUCCAUCGUGCCCGAGGACAAGCCGUACUUCUGCGGCGUGUACAGCGGCCAGGUCUCGCUCCCCGGCGUGGCAGACGCAGUUGAACGAGACAGCGACCUCGUCAUCGACGUGGGCUUCGUCCACUCGGAUUCCAACACCGGCGGCCACUCGCGGACUCCGCUGAGACGGGCACAGUCCAUCCUCGUCGCCGCGGCCUAUGUCCAGGUCGGACACGCCCGGUAUGAGAACGUCCACCUGGUGGAGUGUACUACACCUCUCCUUUCCACUCAAAGAGCCCAUGACUAA